AUGGAAACCAAAGCUGCAAAGAAGAGAAGGCUGAUAGAGGAAGAAAACGAACGCAAUGGGCGAGGCAGGGACAGAUUCAGUGAUCUUCCCAAUGAAAUAUCGAACCACAUAUUCUCCUUCUUACCCAUGAAAUCCAUCGCACAAGUAAGUUUUACAUCGAAAAGGUGGAGAUCGUUGUGGGAUUCCUUUCCUAUUCUCGACUUCUCCGAGGUCUGUCCUUUCACAUCGCAGGUAUUUCAAAAGAAAAGCUUUGGCCAAAUUUUUUAUCACCAAAUGAGCGCAAUGAGGUUUAUAUCCUCAGUAUUGUCUGGUCGCCAUGAAAACUCUGAUAUGAAGUCUUUCGCUUUUUUGGGUCCGCCACCUCCAACAAGUUUAGGACUAGAACUUGGGUUUUCGUCUUCUCAUGUGAGAGAUGCGGGCGAUUUUUCAUUUCCUUUGCUUGAGAAACUGACUAUAGAGUCUUGUAGAAGCAUGAAUCAGCUCAGAAUUUGCUGUGAAAACCUCAAGGAUCUACAAGUUUGCGGAAUGGAAAAAAUUUGCCUGGACAUAUCUGGAAUGGGACUAGAGAGAUUGGCUGUCAAACUCCAUUUAACAAGUGUCAUCAGCAAUAGCUGCGUUAACAUUUUCGCUCCCAAUCUACAAACUUUUCAAUUGGGGCCUGAUGAGGUUGCUGAGAAAGGUUUGGUACACUUCUGGCUUCCAGUGAAUGAUGCCAAAAUUUUAUCGAAAAUAUAUUUCGAAGGUGGUCUGCCAUUUUCAUUUGUGAACCUCAAGACUUUGGAAAUUAUUACUGCUGGUUUGAGAAAAUCGGAUUUCCCGGGUAUAGCAUGCUUAUUCAAGAGCUCCCCCAUAGUCGAAAGGCUCAAAAUUGUGAUAAGUCCUAUUCAUAGACCACAGGAUGAUAAAUGGAACGACAUCUUGUUGGACAAUGCCCUCUGGAGUGAAGAGCAAUUCUGGGAAUCUCAAGCUCAAACUUUGAACUCCUUCCUUUGUCACAUUAAGAAGGUGGACUUUUCCGUUGUUACAGGCAUAGAUGAGACUGUGAUAAGUGUUGCUAGGUUUUUACUCAAACAUGGAAUAGGCUUGCAAGAAAUGAACAUUUGUCCGCAGAACUGCGAAGCCUAUCAACAAAAUCAACCUGGAUGGCAGGCUAAAUUCAAGAUAAUAGAGGAACUGCCGCGGGCAUCGGAGGAUGUUGAAAUCGUAUGGUUAUUCUAA